AUGGAGCCCAUCCUCGCCGAUAUCGACCGAUUCAUUGACGGCCUGGAGCCAGUGCUCUGGCCGCUGAAUAAAUUCAUUCACAGCCAUCCAGAGCUCGCAUACGAGGAGCACAUGACACACGAUGCCCUCUGUGCUGUUAUGGAGGCCCAGACGGGCUGGGCAGUGACUCGCGCUGCGUAUGGCAUGGCGACGGCUUGGUCGGCCGAGUACGACACCCGUGCACCCGGGCCCGUCGUCAAUUUUAAUGCUGAGAUGGACGCCCUUCCCAGACUCGGCCACGCGUGCGGGCACAACCUGAUUGCCGUCGUGUCGGUCGCUGCGGCUCUGGCAACGGCCGACACGCUCCGCCGCCAGACGCUGCCCGGAAAGGUCCUUCUCGUCGGGACACCCGCCGAAGAGGGCGGCGGCGGCAAGAUCCGGUGCCUUGCCGCCGGUGCGUAUGACGGCGUCGACGUCUCCAUGAUUUCGCACCCGGGCAUCGACCACAACAGCGCCCUCGUACGCACCGCCGCCUUCACCCGCCUGCGCGUCCGCUACACCGGCCGCGCUGCUCACGCCGCGCAGCAGCCCUGGCGCGGCAUCAACGCCUUGGACGCCCUUGUGGUCGCGUAUACGGCCAUCUCGGCCCUCCGUCAGCAGACGCAGCCGGACGAUGUCAUUGGGCUGCACAUUACCGACGGCGGCGACGGCGGCACCAACAUCAUCCACGCCCAUGCGGCCGGUGUCGCUGUACUGCGGGCCGCCCGGGCCCACCGCCUGCGCGCGCUGCAAGGCAAGGUCGAGGGCUGCUUCCGUGCCGGGGCCGACGCCACCGGCGCAUCGGUCGCCAUCGACGUCGAGCCGGGCUACCUCGACCACGUGCCGAACCGCGUGCUGGCGGCGCAGUACGCGGCGCAUUGGGCCGCGCUCGCCCCGACGGACGACCUGCCGAACCCGCCGCUGCGCGCGGACGGCCCGACAUGGAUCAAGAGCAGCACCGACCAGGGCGACAUCAGCUAUGUGCUGCCCAGCAUCAACGUCAGCUUUGCGGUCCCGCCGGCCGGCCGCGGCAGUGGUGCACCGCACAGUCCCAACUUUGAAGCGGCCUCGGGGACGCGUGCUGCCUUUGCACGGGCCAUGCGUGUGGCCAAGGCCAUGGCGGGGGCGGCCACAGACCUGUAUACGACGCCGGGGCUGCUGGAUGCCGUGCGCGCACAGUGGCAAGAGGACAUGGGAACGACAAGGAUGUGA